AUGGAGCUGACGACGCUCUCGCAGCUGCUGCUUGUCUCACUGCUUGCCGUUCCGCUUCUGUACUUGCUAUGGAGCAAGGCAGCGAGGAGGCGCCCCUCCGGCGCCGCCGCGCCGCCGCCUCCCCCGGGCCCGACGCCGUUCCCGGUCAUCGGCAACAUCCCCGACCUGCUCCGCCACGGCGGCGAGCUGCACCGCGCGCUCGCGGGCUUCGCGGCGUCGUACGGGCCCGUCAUGUCGCUGAGGCUCGGCAUGGCGACCACCGUCGUGCUCUCGUCCCCGGACGCGGCGCACGAGGCGCUCCACAAGAGGGACGGCGCCAUCUCCUCCCGGUGGGUGCCGGACAACGCCAACGUGCUCGGCCACCAGGACAUCUCCAUGGCGUGGCUGCCGAGCUCCAGCCCGCUGUGGAAGCACAUGCGCACGCUGGCGAGCACGCUGCUCUUCACCUCCCGGCGGCUCGGCGCCAGCCGCGGGAUACGGGAGCGCAAGGCCCGGGAGCUCGUCGACCACCUCGGCGCGCGCUCGGGGCGGCCCGUCCGGGUCGGGCUCGCCGUGUUCGGCUCCGUGCUCAACUUCAUGUCCAACGUCUUCUUCUCCGAGGACGUCGUCGAGCUGGGGUCGGAGACGGGGCAGGCGUUCCAGCAGCUCAUCGCCGACUCCGUGGCGGAGACGGCCAAGCCCAACAUCUCCGACUUCUUCCCGUUCCUCAGCGCGCUCGACCUCAGCCGCCGCCGACGCGCGGCGGCCAGGAACCUCAAGAGGUUCUACGAUUUCUUCGACGACGUCAUCGACCGGCGGCUGAACAGCGGCGGCGAGAAGCCCGGCGACCUGCUCGACUCGCUCCUGGAGCUCCACGCCAAGUCGCAGCUCGAACGCCCACUGAUCCGAGCUCUCAUGACGGAUCUGUUCAUCGCCGGGAGCCACACGACGACGACCACGUUGGAGUGGGCGAUGGCCGAGCUGCUCCGCAACCCGGGCAAGAUGGCCAGGGCGCGCGCCGAGCUCAGGGAAGCGUUCGGGCAGGGCGCCGUCGAGGAAGGCGAGCUCGCGGGGCUCCCCUACCUCCAGGCCGUGAUCAAGGAGACGCUGCGGCUGCACCCGCCGGCGCCGCUGCUGCUGCCGCACCGGGUGUCGGAGCCCGGCGUGACGCUCGGCGGGUUCUCGGUGCCCGAGGGCACCCGCGUGCUGAUCAACGCGUGGGCGAUCGGGAGGGACCCGGCGGCGUGGCCGUCGCCGGAGCCGGAGGCGUUCGCGCCGGAGAGGUUCUUGGACAGGGAGGCGGACUUCUGGGGGAGGACGCUGGAGUUCAUCCCGUUCGGGUCCGGGCGGAGGGCGUGCCCCGGCAUCCCGCUGGCCGUGGCGGUCGUCCCCAUGGUGCUGGCGGCGAUGCUGCACUCGCUCGAGUGGAGGCUGCCGGAGGGGAUGGCGCCCGGCGACGUCGACGUCGGCGACCGGUUCGGCGCCGCGCUGGAGCUCGCCACCCCACUCUGGGCCGUGCCUGUUCAACUUUAGAAAGGCCCAGGGCCCAUAGUAUUCGGGCCCAUGAAGCCCAUCGAGUUGACUUGGUAGGCCUAGUUUGGAUGUAUUUAUUUUGUUGACUAUUUAUUGUGUUUGCUUUUUUCAUAGCCCGCUCGUUUAUGUAUGUUCCGUUCCGUAUGUUAGAAUGAAUGGAGGAUUACAAAUUUAUCA